AUGGCUCCGAGCAGGAGCUAUUCUGGAGGGAGUGGGAACAGGCUGGACUCGAUUGCUGAGGAAGAGCAGCAGGUGCAGCUGCAGCCGCAGUGGUCAGCCACCUCCGCUCCGCCAAUGGCUGUUCCACUCAAGGGCAUAGACAGCACGGUGUCAACCCUCAAGAACACAGCUCUGCAAAGGACUGCCAGCGCGUCUUCCACGAAAGACGACGAUCUUGCCGCCCUCGAGCUUCAAAUUAUCCAUCUUCGCCGGACCCUGCGCGCUUUCCCAAGAAACAUCGCACGGCUCGUCCAGCAUCUGCACGUUCCCGAUCCGCUCAUUCCAAUCUACACUUCUCACCCACCGUUCGACCCAAACCCAGCCUACGAUACCUAUCUCUCUUUGCUGGCGUCACUAGUCAUGGCGUGCCCUAACCUUCGCACCUUCGACGGGUUCAUUCCAUUUUACAAUCACACAUUCGACCGACUUACGCACGCACUCUCAACUCGAACAAAGCUAGAAGCGCACUGCUGGUUAAUAGCCGAGAAUGCUGAGAUCGAUGCUCGCGCACAGCACCAAGUCUCUGGCCUUAUGUCUCCGGCACAACAAGCACAAUUCAUGCGUCUCCAUGGGUCUUGGUCCAUGUCUGGAUCUCUACGGCGGCUAGCACUCUGCAGUCCGGGCGGUCGAGGCGUGCUCGAGCAUGAUGGAUUUGUGCGUGUCCUGAGAUCAUUCAGGGCAUUGCAGGAGCUAUGUAUGGCGGGCUUUGACCAGGACGAUUUUCAUGAUGGAACGCUUGUUCAGGCUGUGCCGGAUACUGUCAGCAGAUUGAGGUUGGAGGAGCUCAAAGGUGUGACGAUGAACGGGCUGGCGAGAUGGAGUGCAAUGCCCGGGAAAGGGGCGAUGGAGGUUUUGGCUUUGGUCAACAUGGAUCUGGAGGUGCUGAAGCUGGGCAGAAUACUGGGUGGGCUGGAGAGAUUAAGAGGAUUGGUUGUUGUUCAGAACGAAGGCGAACAGCAAUGCACGAGGGAUGAUUCGGAAGUCGAGGGCGGCGUGGUGAUGCAGCCCGUGAUUGCGAGUGCAAGUCUAGAGUGGAUCCACUGGGAUGUUGCUCCUAGCAGGCCUUCUAGUCGAUCAAGUGGACGAGGAAGGUCGCGGCAGUCAAGGGCGACGAGUGGUGUUACACCAAAUCAGAACCUUGCACUUUCGAUUCAGCAUGGCGGAUUUCCACGCUUAAGGAGGCUUAGGGCACCAAGAGACGCGAAUCCGAUCGGCGCGCUGCAGGACGUUUGUGCGCCCAGACCUGAGUCCAACGGAGGCCCAGCGACGCGACCAUCGCCAACUCCAGUACAGAAGAAUGAGCCAGUUGAUGUCAGCCCUGUGUCGUCAGGCACAGCACGGCAGUCUGAUGUUUCUCAACUAUCGGAUGCCAAUCUGACACCGACUGGCCUGGAGCAGACUCAGCUUCAUCCACCUCCACGUUCCCCGGACCGACCAGCAUAUGCGACCUCGAGACAGCCUGGCAGUGUCCCAGGCCGCACACCUCUGCGACCCCUGUCCACUAAUGCCGAUGCCUCCAAUCAGCGGACCACCGAUUCUGCCGGCAAUCAAGCGAACAGGCACUCUAAAGACGUUGUUGUAUCAGUACGUGAGCUGGAGCUCUCUGACGACGAUGCUCCGUCCGUGACUGAAUUUCCUCGACAGGCUCAACUGAAUUUCCGAGACCAUGUCCCAGCGUCGAGCGCUCCAGCAGCUACUACUGUGGGCAAUAUCGGCAGUCGCACAAGCACUCACAGCACCUCGAGCUACAACAGCAUGCAAUCCUCACGUAGCAACCGCAGCUCUGCUUCGGGCAGAACGAUGAGCUCUGACCAGACGGACCCGCGGCUGCUAUUUGAGGACGCCGAUGAGCAAUAUGAGCUGGAGUCGAGAUACGUCAAAGGCCAAGACUGGGACAAGGAAGUGGUCGUAGCUGGCGGCAUCCCACAGUCGAGCGGUCUGGUCUCGCGUCCGAUCUUCUGGACUGGCCCGAAUCUGGACGGCUCAAGUCGCGAUCCAAGCUCGAUCAGGAACAAGUCUGGUCUCGUCACAUGGGCCGACUUCCUGCGUGUGUCAGAGCGGCGCAAGAUCGCCGCUGGGCAUGGCAUUGAUCCCGCAGCAGAUUCAGGCUAUUAUUGCCAGGGCGCAUGGAGUACCGAAGGCACUGUCGCCAAAAAGGUGUUUGGCCCGGAGGACUGGGGCUUUGAACCGCAGAAGGACAAGACCAGCAAUAGCAAGAAGAGGCUGAGCUUCUCGCUGAAGGGCAACAGAAAGGAUGAUGAGAAGAAGGAGACCGAGGAGCUGUGGAAGGGAUGGCAUGUUGCGAGGCAAAGGGGGUUGGGUGCUGGGUUUGGGGUUGAGGAUCUGUUUCGAUUCUGA